UAACUUCUGAAAGUGCCAUUAAUACCCAAAUCUUUACCGUUUUAUUUGCCGAAACGUCCUUAUUCCUCUUUUUCUCGAUAAAAUCACUCCUCCUCCCUUUUCCACAAAUUCAACAAAACCCCCAAAUUCUAGGGUUUCCUUCACUCUCAAAUCCCUCCCCUUUCCUCUGUUUCUCUGGAGAGAUUUCCAAUGUCAAAGAGAAAGCUUAUACUGAUUUGUCAGUCGGGCGGUGAAUUUGUGACAAUUGCUGAUGGAUCCUUAUCCUAUACUGGUGGAGAGGCACAUGCUGUAGAUAUAAAUAACGAAACCAUGUUUGAUGAUCUCAAGCUAAAGUUUGCCGAAAUGUGUAAUUUAGAAUACAAAUCACUGUCGAUUAAGUACUUUCUUCCUGGAAACAGGCAGACUCUCAUUACUCUAGCUAAUGACAAAGACCUAAAAAGGAUGCACGAUUUUCAUGGGGACUCGGUUACUGCAGAUAUUUUUGCGCUGGGUACAAAAGGUUUUAAUCCUCAAGACGCACACAUGCAUGUUAGCAGACCCUCUGAAAUUAAACAGGCUGCGACUGUGCCUAUUGCUGGGGCAUCUCAAGGGGCAGCUGGUACCCCCUUAAGUGCUAAAACAGGUGUUCGCUCAAUUACUCAUUCCAGUUAUCGCAAAACUCCUCAUGCCGGUACACGCUCAGCUGCACGUGGCAGUAGUCGCUCAGCUGCACGUGGCAGUAGCCGCUCAGCUGCUCGUGGCAGUAGCCGCUCAGCUGCUCGUGCCAGUAUUCGCUCAGCUGCUCGUGCCAGUAUUCGCUCAGCUGCUCUUGACUUUGGUGAAAAUGCCCACAGCCCAGUUACAAAUAAUAUUAAUGGUUCCCCUGCUGAUACUGUUAAGAAAAGAAGGCGCGCUGCCUCAGGGAAAAGUGGAGUAAAUGUUCCUAUAAUGGUAUCUGAUAUUUACAAUGAUGGAGAGACUCGAGAACGUACUUUGCAAAAGAAAAGUUCUCGUAAUCAUAAUACUUGGGAUCAUGAUACUAGCGUUGUAAAUGUUAAUGUCCGGCAACUAACGGAAUCGGAUGAGGUACCAUGGGUAGACAUCGAUGAUCCUCCUUCUCCAUCUACUGAUGAUGACAGCUCUGACAAUUUCAGCCUUAAAGAUGUUCCUUUGGACCAAAUGAUUGCCUCUUGGAGAACUGGAAUUAUUGGUGUAGGCCAAGAGUUCAAUAGUGUUUCUGAAUUUCGUGAUGUGCUGCAGAAAUAUGCCAUUGCAAAUCGUUUUAUGUACAGGCUAAAAAAGAAUGACACUAAUCGCGCAAGUGGUGUAUGUGUGGCUGACGGUUGCUCUUGGUCAAUUCACGCGUCUUGGGUUCCAUCUGAAGAAAUAUUUAAGAUAAAAAAGAUAAAUAAAGAACAUACAUGCGGAGGGGAAUCUUGGAAAAGUGCUCAUCCAUCAAAAAGUUGGCUGGUCAGCAUUAUAAAGGAGAGAUUAAGGGAAAAUCCGCAUCGCAAACCCAGGGAUAUUGUUAAAACUAUUUCACAGGAUUUUGGCAUUGAACUUCAUUAUUCACAAGUGCGGCGCGGAAUCGAAGAAGCAAGGGAGCAACUUCAGGGUUCUUAUAAAGAGGCUUAUGCGCAGUUGCCAUGGUUCUGUGACAAGUUAUUGGAGGCAAAUCCCGGUAGUUUGGUGAAGCUUUGCAUUGAUGAUGACCGCAAGUUUCAACGUCUUUUUGUAUCCUUUGAUGCCUCUAUACAUGGUUUCAAGAAUGGCUGUCGCCCACUUCUGUUUCUUGAUUCUACAACAUUUAGAUCAAGAUAUCACGAGGUUUUGUUGACCGCCACUGCAUUAGAUGGGAAUGAAGAUGCUUUUCCAGUUUCAUUUGCUAUAGUGGACACUGAGAGUGAUGAUAACUGGCGAUGGUUUUUGGAGCAGUUGGGAUCUGCAAUUUCAACUUCACAGUCCAUAACCUUUGUGUCUGAUAAUGAGAAGGAACUAAAGAAUCACGUGCUUGAAAUAUUUGAGAAUGCUCACCAUGGUUACUCAAUAUAUUACCUGCAGGAGAACUUCAGAAGAAAUUUGAAAGGACCAUUUGAAGGAGAAGGGAAAGCUGCUUUGCCUGUAAUUUUACUGCGCGCUGCUCACGCAGUUCGACAUGAGAGUUUCAAAAUGUUCAUGGAACAAAUUAAACAGAUCUCUACUAAAGCAUACGAUUGGCUUAUGCAGCUUGAGCCACAAUAUUGGACAAAUGCAUUAUUCAAAGGUGAGUAUUAUACUCAUGUUCCAGUAAAUAUUGCAGAAGUAUAUGCUAAUUGGAUUGACGAAGUUCGGGAGGUGCCUAUUUUACAGAAGGUUGAAGCACUCAAAGGAAAAAUGAUGGAGUUGAUUCAGAAACGUCAAAUAGAUUCAAAUGAGUGGACUACGAAGCUUACUCCAACGAAGGAGCAAAAACUACAUGAGGAAGCUCUAAUCGCACUUGGAUUUAGAGUGUUAUUUUCAUCCGACACUCUAUUUGAGGUUCAUGAUGACUCCAUCCAUGUUGUGGAUUUAAUAAAAAGGGAAUGCACUUGUAUGCAGUGGAAAUUGACCGGGUUACCUUGCAGCCAUGCAGUUGCUGUCUUCAAUCGCAAAGGGUUAGCCGUAUAUGAUUAUUGUUCCAAGUACUUCACAGCUGAUAGCUUCCGUUCAACUUAUUCAAAGUCAAUAAAUCCCGUGUCCGAGACCUUUGCGCUUAUGGGCAAAGAAGAAGAUGGCUCAGAAGCACAGGCUGUUGUUCCUCCUACUACCCCAAAACCGCCACCCCAACCAAAGGAAAGACCGAUAAAAAGAAUCGAUGAACUCAGAAGAGUAAUGACCUGCAGCAAGUGUAAGGGAGAAGGACAUAAUAAGGUGACGUGUAAGGAAUCCUCAGAAUGAUUGUCUUGGCGCUUUGCUUCCGACUAACAAAAUCAUGUGGAGAAGGUACAAGUAUCCUAGGUCUGUAAUGAAUGACUGUACAGCUUUUAUUUUUAUUUUUCAAGGUUACAUUAGUUCCUUGAUGAUAUACUUUUUUAGGUGCUCUGCUCCAUUUUGUGUAUCAUCAACGACAGUGCUUUAGGACAUUGCAUUAUUUAGGAAUAGUUUGUUCUAGUGUUGAACUUUACUAUUUAAAGAAUCAAUUCGUCGGGGGUGACAUUGCUGAA